GAUUGGCAAACAUACACUGCAAAGUGAAUGACGUCAUCAAUAAACAAGUAUCUUUCAAGGUUAGGGUUAAUCGAAUGGUGUUGAAAAGUUUCCGAUAGAAAGUCUGGUGUGGUCUCGAUUAUUGCAGAAGUAUUUGUCAAGGAAAGUCUCGAAAUGGUAUCCACAGUGGCCACAUAAGUAAACUGAAAUGUACAAACUCCUAUUCCUUUUCCUUCUUCUUUUCACAUGUGGUGGAUUGUUGAAGACCGAGAGUUCCACCGAAUCUUCCAAAAUAUGUUUAGAUGACCAGUUUUUGUGUGCUGAUCGUGAGAAGUGCAUACCAUUAAGAUGGAAAUGUAAUUAUGUGCCAGACUGUUCAGAUGGAUCAGAUGAACCGGAAGACUGUCCACCACGAACAUGUACACCUGGACACUUUCAAUGUGCAGUUACUCAUCAAUGUAUUCCUCAUGGUUGGGUUUGUGAUGGAGAAGUAGACUGUGGUCUUGGAGAAUAUUUUGUUCCUGAUACAUCAGAUGAAGAUCCUCGAAGAUGCCAUAAAGAUAAUACGUGUCCUAAAAAUUAUUUUCACUGUAAAGACGGAAAAACAUGUAAAAAAAUAUCUGAAUUAUGUGAUGGCAUUCCAAACUGUCCUGACAAUUCAGAUGAAGGAUUAUUUUGCCAAAAUGCUAAUGCAUGUGCAUCAGCAAAUUGUGAUAAUGGUUGUAUGCAAAGUCCUCAAGGACCACUUUGCUUCUGCAGUGAUAGGAAUAAAACUGAUUGUAUUGAUACAAAUGAAUGCCAUAUUGAAGGAACUUGUGAUCAAUUAUGUGAAAAUGUGAACGGUUUACCCAAUUGCAGCUGUGUAAAUGGAUAUUAUUUAGAGAAAGGAAAAUAUUGUAUAGCAAUCAAUGAACCAAAAGAUCAACCAGCCACAUUACUUUUUGCUAAUUCAGUUGAUAUACAACACAUAUAUUUGAAUGGAUCAAAUGUUGAAGGAAGUUACUCUGCAGUUGCUAAGGAAAGUCUUGCAAUGGAUUUUAAUCAUCGAAAUGGAAGUUAUUGUUGGUUAAAUCAUAAUAAUUCAAUGAUAUCUGUUCGUUGUGGGAAAGUUUAUGAACCUCAUAUUACAUGGUCACUACCUCAAACAAAUCUCUUUUCAUUAUCAUCUGUAAAUCAAUUAGCAUUAGAUUGGAUAUCUGGAAAUUGGUAUUUCUUGGAUGAUAAUCGUGAAAUGAUUUUUAUGUGUAAUUCAACAUUAGAAGUAUGUAUAGUUGUUAUUGAUGUUGCACUUAGUAAACCACGUGGAAUAGCUCUGGAUCCAACAAAAGGUUUCCUGUUUUUUACGGAAUGGGGAAGUACUGCGCCAUUAUUAGAAAAAGCUUACAUGGAUGGAUCAGAACGUGUUAAACUUGUAGAACACAAAAUAGUUUAUCCUUACGGAGUGACUGUAGACUUUCCUAAUGAACACGUAUACUGGGUGGAUACUUAUUUAGAUUUUGUAGAAAGAGUUAAUUAUGAUGGUUCAAAUCGAAGGACUGUUAUCAGAGGAAUGCCUAUGCGAAUUUUAUAUGGAAUUACAGUAUUUGAACAAUAUUUAUAUGUUACCAGCUGGAAUGGAAAUAAAAUAUUAGCAGUUCAUAAGUAUAAUCAUACUGAUAUAAGAGUUAUAAAAUCCAAUCUUACACGUCCAUUUUCUAUACAUGUUUAUCACAGACAAAGACAACCUAAAGUUCCACAUCCUUGCAGUAUAAUGAAUGGUAAUUGUGAACACAUAUGCGUAGUAUUUUAUAAAAAUGAAAUUCCUAUUGCUCGGUGUAAAUGUAAAGCUGGAUAUAAAUUGAUUCUUGAGAGAAAAUGCGUAGCUGCCAAGCAAGGACAGUUUCUUGUAUAUAGCAGAGGAAGACCAGGUGCAAUUAAAGGCAUAACAAUGGGUUCAGGUGGUAAACAAGAAGAAGUUAUGGUACCAGUAAUGGGAUUGAAACGUCCGGUAGCUUUGGAUUAUGAUGCUCAAUCACAUUAUAUUUAUUAUUCGGAUGUGCAAAGAUUUAUUAUUGAAAAACAAAAAAUUGAUGGAUCAGAAAGGGAAAUUUAUUUAGAUGAAGGAUUAAACAAUUGUGUAGGAUUAGCUGUAGACUGGAUGGGACGUAAUCUGUAUUGGACAGAUGAAGGACUUUUGGCAAUUUUUGUUGCUCGACUGAGUAAUUCAACAAUUCGGAAACGAAUUGUUCAUUUAAAUAUGUCACAUCCUCGAGCUAUUGUAGUUGAUCCAAAACGAGGAUACAUGUAUUGGUCUGACUGGUCUACUGAACCCCAUUCUAAUACAGAAAACCAAUUUGAAGGAAAAAUUGAACGAGCAUAUAUGGACGGAACACAUAGAGAAGUUUUUGUAUCUAAUUUACAAUGGCCCAAUGGCUUAAGUUUAGAUUAUGCAGAUAAAAAAUUAUACUGGUGCGAUUCUUUCCUACAUCGCAUUGAAAGAAUAAAUUUAGAUGGAACAAAUAGAGAGAUUUUAUUAGAAGGAGAAGAAUUACAACAUCCUUAUGGUUUGGUUCAUCAUGAUCAGUUUUUAUUUUGGACAGAAUUUCAGCAAGGAUUUAUACAAAGGUUGUCAAUACCAGACAAAACCAUAACUACAUUGGUUAAAGAAAAUCCUCCUGUCUUUGAAAUUAAAUUAUUUGAUAGAAGUUCUCAAACAGGCACUAAUGAUUGCUCAAAUAAUAAUGGUGGCUGUGAAGAACUUUGUUUAUCGAUUCCUGGAGGUAAAAGUGUUUGUGCUUGUAGUGAUGGCAAUGUUUCUUCUGGAGAUGGAUUUUCAUGUGAAGGUUCUCUUAAUUAUACAACUCCUCCACGCUGUCACAGUGAUGAGUUCGAGUGUGUCAAAAAUCUGAGAUGCAUUGACAAACGAUAUUUAUGUGAUGGUGAUAAUGAUUGUGGAGAUGGAUCUGAUGAAGAUUCCUCUCCAAAUGGAGUUUGUGAAAAAGUGACUUGUCAUGGAGAUCAAUAUAAAUGUGACAAAAACAGAUGUAUUUCAAUCCAUUGGGUUUGUGAUGGUGAAAAAGAUUGUGUUGAUGGCUCUGAUGAAGAACCAAUUAUGAAAUGUAAAAAUGUUACUUGUAGUUCCAAUCAGUUUACUUGCAAAGUAAGUAAUCGAUGCAUUCCAUUAAGCUGGACUUGCGAUUCUGAUUUAGAUUGUGGUGAAGGAGAUACUUCUGAUGAACAUGAUCAGUGUGUUUAUAGGAAAUGUGAAGUUAUGGAAUUUCGUUGUGAUAAUCAGCGUUGUAUUCCACAAGAAUAUGUAUGCGAUGGAGAUGAUGAUUGUAAAGAUAGUUCUGAUGAAAGAAAUUGUGACUACUCUUGUAAUGGAACGCAUCAGUUUUCUUGUGAUAAUAAUUUUAAAUGUUUAGAUGCAUCUCAUAAAUGUAAUGGUAUUUGGGAUUGUCUAGAUGGAUCUGAUGAAGAAAAUUGCACCUAUGUUACUACUAUUUCACUGUGUCAUAGUGAUGAAUUUUACUGUGGAGAUGGUACAUGCAUUCCUCAUAUGUGGGUUUGUGAUCUCAAAUAUGAUUGUUUGAAUAAAGCAGAUGAACAGAAUUGUGGAAAUGUUACCUGCAGUCCAAAGGAAUUUUUCUGUGAAAAUGGAGAGCAGUGUUUGCCAAGUCAUGUUAAAUGUGAUGGCUAUAAUGAUUGUAAUGAUAAUUCUGAUGAAAAAGAUUGUGAUAUGAGUGUGAAGUCCUCUUGUAUAUAUCCUAAUCAAACUUGUGACAAUGGUACACGUUGCAUACAGAUUUCAAAAUAUUGCGAUGGUAUACUAGACUGUGAAGAUAAAAGCGAUGAAGAAGAUUUAUGUGGUGAUGAACAAUGCCUGUUUAGUGACUGUGAAUAUUUUUGUCAAAAUACACCUACUGGACAUUUAUGUUAUUGCCCUGAUGGACUAAGACUAAAUAUAGAUGGAAAAAAGUGCACAGAUGUCAUGCCUUGUGAACAAUGGGGUGUUUGCAGUCAAAAAUGUGUUCAAUUAAAGCAUUACCAUAAAUGUGAAUGCGAAGAUGGAUAUGAACUAGAGUCUGAUCAGUUCACUUGCAAAAGCACUGAUACUACAACUCCUCAAAUUAUAUUUUCUAACAGACAUGAGCUAAGAAGUGUUGACCUUCAUACUAUGUCAGUUAAAACUUUAAUUUCAGGACUGAAAAAUACAAUUGCUCUUGAUUUUUAUCAGUCAAAAGAUGGCGAUUUAAUUUUCUGGACUGAUGUUAUUGAUGAUAAAAUUUACAGAGGUUCUUUAAUUUCUGGCUCAUUAACAAAUAUUGAAGUAGUAGUCCAAACAGGCUUGGCAACAGCUGAAGGUUUAGCUGUUGAUUGGAUAGGAGAAAAUCUUUACUGGGUUGAAAGUAAUUUGGAUCAAAUUGAAGUUGCUAAAUUAAAUGGAAGUUUUCGCAGAACAUUAAUAGCAGGAAAUAUGGAAAGUCCUAGAGCUAUCACUUUAGAUCCUCGUUUUGGAAUAUUAUUUUGGACUGAUUGGGAAAGAGAAGCUCCUAGAAUUGAACAGGCAUCAAUGAGUGGUGAAGAAAGGAAAGUUAUAUUUCGUGUAGAUGAUAUAAAUGAAGGAGCUUGGCCUAAUGGCUUGACCCUUGAUUACAUGCUAUUAAGAAUUUAUUGGAUUGAUGCCAGAUCAGAUUCUAUUCAUAGUACAAAAUAUGAUGGAACCGAUCACCAUGAAAUACUUCGUGGACAUGAAACAUUAUCUCAUCCAUUUGCAAUUGCACUUUUUGAUAAUUAUGUAUAUUGGACAGACUGGAGAACCAAUUCUGUUAUCAGAGCUAAUAAAUGGAAUGGAACUGAUGUAAGAAUUGUUCAACGAGCUAUUACUCAACCUUUUGAUAUUCAAGUAUUUCAUCCUUCUAGACAGCCCAGAGGAAAUAAAGUUAACCCAUGUGCUAUUAAUAAUGGUGGAUGCUCUCAUCUCUGUGUUUUAAGUUUUAACAAUACUCAUCGAUGUCAUUGCCCUCAUGUUACACAAUUAGCUAAAGAUGGCAAAACUUGUUUAAAAAAUGAAAGAGUUCUUCUAUUUUCUCGUCCAAAUGAAAUUAGAGGAGUUGAUCUUGAUAUGCCCUAUUAUCAUAUUAUUCCUCCUUUCAGUUUACCUAAGGUUAUUAAUGCAACUGAAAUAGAUUUUGAUGCAAGAGAACAUCAGAUAUACUGGGCAGAUACACAUUUGAAUGAAAUUAAAAGAGCUGCUUUGACAGGCAUAAUUAUGGAUACUAUUAUUGAUAUGAUUAUUGUAAAACCAUAUGGAUUUGCAAUUGACUGGGUAUCUCGAAAUAUUUUUGUGACAUCUCAGGAAGGAACAAAAUCUCAUAUAUAUGCCUGCAGUUUAAACGGAGAAUAUUUAACAGACAUCAUUAAUACUGAUAUUUAUGAUAUUCGAUCUUUGGUUGUUCAUCCUUUUCAAGGCUUAAUCCUCUGGGCAGAUCAUGGUUCAAAUGACUAUACUAUAAAUAUUGCAAAUAUGGAUGGAAGCAAUAGAAGAGUAUUAACUUCACAAGAAAAUAAUUCUAAUUUAAUCUCACCAAUGAGUUUAGCAAUUGAUUUUGAAUCACAACCUAAUAAACUUUAUUGGGUUAAUUUUGGAACAAAAACAAUUCAAUAUGCUGAUUUGGAAACCUUCAUAGUCACUACAUUAAAUAUUUCAUCAGAAUAUCUUGACAAACCUUGUGCUCUUACUUUAUAUCAUGACAAACUAUUGUAUGCGACACAUGGAGAUGAAUCAAUUCAUAUGAUCAACAAAUUAAAUGGUAGUGAUCAUAUUAUUUUGAGAAACAACACAGAUGAAGUUCUUGCUUUAAGGGUCUAUGAUGCAGCACUUCAAACAGGUGAAAAUAGCUGCUCUUAUAAAAAUGGAAACUGUGAUCAUUUAUGUCUUCCAAUAUCCAAGACUAGUCAUGUUUGUAAAUGUACAAUUGGAUUUUUUGUUUCACCAGAUGAUCAUACAAAAUGUAUAGGAACAGAAUUAUUUUUGAUGAUUUCACUUAAUUGGGUAGUGAAAGGAAUAUCACUUGAACCAAAUGAUACAAAUGAAAAUGUACUUGCACCUAUUUCAAAAGUAUUGAUGGCCACUGCCAUUGAUUUUUAUGAUGGUAAGUUAAAUAACCAUUUCUUUCAAAUCUGAAAUUUUAUAUAGUUC